AUGGCUGCCGCAGUCUACAACCAAGACUCAGACUACUUCAAAUCUGCUCCGAUGCGGCGCUCACAUUCCCACUCCAACCUGGGCAGCGCCUCGCUGGCGGGCUAUCACCACUGUGGCCCAGACCUGUCCAAUCCCUAUGCCCACCCUCCAACCAAGUCUUUUUCGGAUUCCGACCAUUCCUCGGCGCCCUCAUCGCCUCGCACCGCGCAUAUCGAAUCAGCAGAUGCGUCCUACACAUCCACGCCUUCUAGCAACCUCUCAAUAGCCUCGGAUUUCGAGGAGACCUUGUCCAUAGACGAAUCCCCCGAGGACCACUUCAGCCUGCCACCCUUUACUGCCGAUAAACUCUACCUGCCCCCGCAGAUUCGACCGGAUGACAACCUGGAGCCUCCGCCGAGUCCUCGCACUGGUGAUUCUUACACAGUCUCGCCCGCCGAACAGGACAGUUCCGUCAGCACCUCACGACCUGAUAGCCCUGAGCUCAGCGACCAUGCCGAGGAUGAUACGGCAGUUGUGAGCAAGCCGUCUCGGCAAGUGGACUACCUAUCCCACGAGUGGAGGGAAGAGGAUAUCUGGUCAUCAUGGAGAUACAUAAUUUCUAAAAGAGGAGAAUUUCCCAACAGUGCUAGACUGGAGAAUGCGUCAUGGAGAACAUGGAUGAAGGCUAAGAACAAUCUAAAAACCAUUUCCCCAGAGACACUCAACUGGCUAAAAGAUUACGACGUCACUUGGCUCUAUGGACCUCUUCAAUCUGGAAAGCAUAAUACUGCUAACAAGACUGGGCCCCCAAGCGUCUCAUUAUCAAAGUCAAGUUCUCUUGUCAACUUGGACAAGAUGAAGGAUACAAUGAACAACAAUAAGAAGCCCAUCUUGAAGAAGAGGAGCAUGUCGGAGAUUAUGCUCCAGAGGUCACUCUCGACUGCUUCCCUUGUCAAGCAGGCUGCUGCUGCCGUCCACGCUCAGGAAUAUCGCAGUGCCAUGCGACGACCACAAGUAAACCGGGCAAACACGGAUUACAUUUCGCUUUCGUUUUCUUCCAGACGGAUGAGCCAAGAAAGUAGCAGUGCCGCCGCUACGUCUACGGAUUCAUCGAGCAUUACAUCCCCCAACACCGAACGCAGACAUAUUCACUUCAACGAGCAGGUAGAGCAGUGCAUUGCUGUCGACGUCAAAGGCGACGAUGGAGAUGACGUGGACGUGGACAUGGACCUGUAUGGCGACGAAAGCGAUUCAGACGAUGGUGUCAUGAUGAAGCGGGUCAGGUCAAAACGACGCCCAUCAACAAAGAAACGCAUGCAGAAGAAGAUCAAUGCUGAAGGCAAGAUCAUCGCCAUGCUUCCGUCUACAACCCUCAAGUACCAAGGAGAAGACAGCCCGGACUCUCAAGAUUCAGCUAUGAAGCACAGCACACGUGCCUCUCGCAGUCCUGUUCUAUCUCCUUCGUCAUCACAGGAAACUCUCCGCCCUUCCAAGUCAUCUACUGGGUUUUUCUUCGACGAAGAUGAAGACGACGAUGAUCUGGCUCCGGAAAUUCAGAUGCCUACUCUGGGUUGGCUAUCUCCACCAUCAGAAAGUGGUGCCGGUGGAUUGCACAGAUCGACAUCUUCAAACAGCCUUCUUGACGAGCCAGCGGGCAUGCGUCGAACGCCUUCGGGGAUGUUUAUGCCAUGCGAAGAAACCGAGACGUCACCGGGGGAAGGCAUUUUUGGCCGAGUCAUUGACACUGUCAAUACUGCCCGCGACAUUGCCCAUGUCAUCUGGAAUGUUGGGUGGCGAAAAUAA